AUUUCUGUGUUCUGUAGCACAGUCAAGGUUAUGAACCGUGUGAAAGAAGUAGCUUGUUUAAGUGUUAAACUGGAUACGUGUGAUAAGCGCACCUCAAAUGUAUAAAAACUUAGGUUCUGUUGGAAAAUAUAAGAUGUCAGUGCGUAGUUGCUGUCAAUGUUUCUAUAUUUCCCUAAGAAAAGUUUAGCUUUUCUUUGGUGUGUCCCCGUCCCAACAGUAUACCAAAUGUUAAAAGAAUUCACAAUUUCAGAAGUGUUUCUCAAUUUGAACACGCCUAAGGCGUAAUCCGUAAAAGCUGAAGAACAACAUGUAGAAAUUGCGUAUUAUGUCCAAAUUAUUCGUUAUGGGCGAUUCUGAAGAAUUCCCUAAAUGCUGAAAUUUUAUUAAAAAUCGUCAAUAUGUAUGAUGAUUUGUAUUAUGAUGAGACAAAAUAUUUAAACGGCAUAUAAGAAUGGCCAGAAAACUGUGUGGAAUUUAUCAUGUAUGUUACACAUGGGGUAAAACCAAUGUCAUACCAAGAAGAUUUCUUGCAGCUAUAAAUAAUGAUUUCAAAAGAGCCAAGUUUGAAGAAGACUUCUUGUCAUCCCACAUAGAAACGACGGGAUUCCAGAAAUUCCUGCUAACUGUAGGUUCAGCUGCAGUGUCACUAUUGGAUCCUACCAGAGCUGACAUGAUUGCAGUUAUGGGGGAAACUGCUGGAGAUAGUGCAUUUAGAUACAUCUUGCAAACAAUGCAGUCAGACAGUGAAGGACAAGAAAUUCUUAGGAAUAGACCACGGAUAAAUUCCCUCACAGUUGAUUUGGAGAAGCUUCGACAGAUGCCAGAUGGAACUUUGGGGAGAGCAUAUAUAGCAUUUCUGGAUUAUAAUAAAGUUACUCCUGAUUCUCGGUUAACAGUGCAGUUUGUGGAUGAUGUAAAACUGGCGUAUGUUGUGCAACGAUAUCGAGAAGUACAUGACCUCAUCCACACGGUACUUGGAAUGCCUACAAACAUGCUCGGUGAAGUUACAGUAAAGUGGGUUGAAGCAAUUCAAACUCGGCUUCCAAUGUGUGUUGGUGGAGCUUUAUUUGGACCUCUUCGGCUGUAUCCAAAGCAGCGGCAGAAAUAUGUCAAGUAUUACCUACCAUGGGCCAUCCAGACUGGAACAAAUUGUAAGUUCCUCAUGAACAUAUAUUAUGAACAUCGCUGGGAGCAACCUAUCAUAGAACUUCAUGAAGAGCUACAUAUAAAAAUGCUAGAAGUACCAAAGUCUUGAUGUUGUAUUAUUAUAGAUUUCUUGGUUAAGAAGAUAUGAAACUAUAAAUAUUUAAUGUAGUUUAAAUAAUGGAAGUUGAGAACAUUUCUGCCUCAUUACAGCAAUGACAGAUAAUCCCACACUUAAUGUUAAAUAUGAAGGCACAAGUGAAAGAAGAAUGUAAUAAAACUUAUUGUUUUGUCACAGCACAUGAUUAGUCUAAGAGUACACUGAUAAAUAAUAUUCUGGGAUUUAAAUACCAUACAUUGUGUAUAAUUUAACAUUAGUUAUUGUUGAAUGUGGCUGAUGUGGUUUUCAAGAUGGACCAAAUAAUAUCAAAAUAUAAUAGAACUUUGAAAUGUGAUCUUAUUAUUUACAUAUUCAGGUUGUUUGGUUGUUUAUGCUUGUUGAACAUACAAUUAUAUCACGUUGCAUACAGUAAGACAUGAAUUAACUAAUUGUUAUUAUCAAGAAGCAUAUCUUAUUUGAGACUGCCUGAUUAUAAGCAUUUGAAGCAAAACAGAAAUAAGUACAUUAUUUAAGCAAAGAAAUUUGUCAUCUCAGGAACUGUUCUCUAGGCUUUGCUUUCUGUGUGAAGAGGUACUCAGUUCCACUUUUGGGUGAGCCCCUACUAUAGUAAAAUUAAUGUGACAUUUUUUAUAUCCCUGAACCAUGGCUAAAAUGUAGCCGUUGGGGAGAGUGAGUGAAGGAUAUUGCCAGUUAACCAUGGCAUGCUUUUCAUGGCCAAGAGGUGAAGUAGUGUCAUGGAUUUGGUAUACCCAGGUUCACUCUCCAGCCAAAAUUACAUUUUUUCAUAAAAUAAAACUAUACCACAUAAGACAAUUUCCUAAUUCACUUUCAGUCAUUGAAGCACUUCAGUUUAAAAGCUUCACAAUUAACAUAUUAAAAUUAUUUCACUAAUUGGACACUUCAUAAAUACAUUUUAAUAAAUUGUCAAAGUGACAGUUGAACCACCGCAUGGGACUUUCUUCUGGAGCUCUUCCAAAAAAAGUAUACAACAUUUUAAAUAUAGUCCUCAAGCACUUGAUAGCACUGUUCAAAUACCAUAUAUGUCACUAUGUACACAUUACUGUUAUUGUUGCAUACGAAUAAUUAGAUUUCUGUCUUCCAUGACUAAAUCUUAUUUUUUAUUAACAAAAGUCUUCUUCCUUUCAUCAGGUCUUGCAGGUGGUGUCACUGGGUUAAAUACAAAACCUGGACCAAACAAAAAAAAAUUGAAUUAACUAAAGAUCAAUCAAUGCUGAAUAAAGAUGACUUGCUAAUUUGCAUAACUAUAUCCCAUCCAAUCUGUUCCGUUGUGCACUAGGGUAAUUUUAUGAUGCUAAAGCCUUAUCCCUGCAUUCACUGUAUAUCUUCAUGUCAUUUUUAUUAGACAUUAGGCCUAAUUCUAAUCUGACUCUCAAUGAUAGGAUAAGAUGAAAUCAGUCUUAAGAACUGAAUGCCCCAGUUUUAUUCAGUGUGUGUGUUUCUCUCCUUGUAUAUUUAUUUACAGUUUAUUUAACAUCAUUCUCAAUAUUCAGACUAAGUAGUGUUGAAUGACAGGAUGAUAGUAAAUAAUAAAUUGGAAAGGAUGUUGAAGGAAA